AUGGAGAGGUCAAACACUACAAAUAUAGGGGAAAUAUUCCUACUAUACUCAAGCCAUUGUCUACUUCCAGCUACUCUUUUAAUCACAACCUCAAAGCGAUCAGCGCUCCGGUACCUCUACAUCCCAUGUUCAAUCUGGAUUCUGCAUCGCGCUAUACAAUUAGCCUCAGCUCUCGGUCCAGGGUUUAUAUGGUGUGAAUUCGCUCGAUUAUUCGUGACAGUCUUUUUUCAAGCUCUCAAUAUACUCUUCUUCAACCCGAGAGAUGGCUCCGAUAUCCCCAGCAGCGGCGGACGAGUGCUUUCUCUCUAUUACGUGGCCAAGAUUCUGACUCAGCCUCGUGGUAUCAACACAUCAUGGGAAAGUAAAAAUGCUCCAUCACAGCCGACUUAUUAUGGGGAGAGGACGCCAUCUAAAACUCGGUUUUUGAUUCGUCAGGUGGCUAUUUCUACGUGGCAAUAUCUAGCUCUUGAUUUGUUUUCUACCUUGGCAGUAGAACAGGCUAAGUUGAAGCAGAUUAACCAUGAAUCUAUGCCAUUGAAUAUUCAGUGGUAUCUUCCGGUAGAUCAGUGGAUCGAGCGCAUAGUCUCUAAUAUUGUGGCUGGAUUUGUCGUCAGCCGCAUUCUUAUUGAUUUUCAUCACCGUGCCUUUUCUGUUUUCACUGUGGGACUGGGCUUCGAAUCUCCUUCUGAUUCUCCACCGCUCUUCGGAAGAGCUGUGGAUGCGUACACUUUACGAGGGUUCUGGGGAAAGUUCUGGCAUCAGCUAAUACGGCAACCGCUCACUUCAAUGAGUGUAUUUAUUACUCGUGUAAUCGGUCUACCAAGAGGCUCUUUACUGAAUCGAUACAGUAAUGUCAUAAUCAUAUUUAUGCUCUCUGGUCUAAUGCACAUCGCAAUAGAUACCGUGCAGGGGAUUCCAAGCCAGGAAUCAGGCGCUUUCUUAUUCUUUACCUCAGCACCUAUGGGGAUAAUGAUCGAAGAUGGCAUUACAGGCCUUUGGAAGUCUCUUUGUCCCCGCGUUGAAACAAAAUCGACUCAACAAUCUGUCCACUUGUGGCAGAGAGCUCUUGGUUUCUGCUGGGUUGGGGCUUGGUUGGGGAUUACCUCGACCCUUUAUCUGUACCCGCAGAUGAGACGUCCCGAAAACUCAGCUUUAGUUCCUUUCAGCUUUGCAGAGUAUGUUGGUCUGCCAUUGGGUGGGUUUGCUGGGUUUGUUGGCAUAAUUGGUCUUGUUGUAGCCUGGUUGCUUAAGGCUGAGAUAUAG